AUGGAUCUCCAGCGAGAAAACGACUCAGAACUGAAUCUGGCUGAGGACUCCAGGAGACAGAAAAGGAAAGGCAAGGACAAGAAAAGUUCCAUUUUACAAAUCGAACAGCAAAUGUCCUCUGUGGAAAUAGAGUAUCAAAAUGCUUCUCACAAUCUUCAAGGGAAUGACAAGGACCAUCACACAGAUUCACCAUCUCCACCAGAGAAGCUCAUUGCUGGGAUCCUGGGAGUCAUCUGCUUUGUCUUGAUGUACACUUUAGUCAGAAUGGUUCUCUGCUCAAUUACUGGGAUUCCCCUUGGGCCUGCAUAG